GGAUCUCCAAACAAGAGGGGAAAUAUUUACUAACAAAAGGCGUGCAAAGUAAAGGACCAGCCAUCAUGACGACGAGCUUGACGAUGAACGAUGGGGUUUCCAUCCCACUUCUCGCCUUCGGCACUGGCACAGCCCUCCUCCGCACCAAACUCAUGUCUUCCGGCCGCGAUCCCAAGACCGCCCGUCUCGACACCGACGAGCGUGUGGACCGCGAGGUUGUCGAGCUGAUCAAGACGGCCGUUCGCGUCGGGUACCGCCAUCUCGACACCGCCGAGAUGUACCAGACGGAGCCGGAGCUGGGGGCUGCGAUCCGCGAGGUGAUUGCCGAGGGCGUGGUGAGACGGGAGGAUUUGUUUGUGACGACCAAGAUCUCUUCCGAGUAUGCGCGGGCUGGGGACAAGAUUGAUGUUAGUUUGAGGAAGUUGGGGCUGGAUUAUGUGGACUUGUAUCUCAUCCACACCCCCCUCCUCAGAGGUCCAGACGGCGACCUCCCCGCCGCCUGGGCCGCCCUCCAAGCCGUCAAGGCCAGCGGCAAGGCUCGCUCCAUCGGCGUGUCUGGCUACCAACCAGAACACCUCCUCACCACCCUCGCCGCCCCGACAACCACCACGCCGCCGAGCAUCAACCAGGUCGAGCUGCACCCGUACCUGCCGGGCCGCGAGCUGCUGGCCCUGUCCCGCGAGCGAGGCAUCGCCGUGGCCGCGUACGGCGCCCUGCACCCGCUCACGCGCAACCCCAACCCGGGCGGGCCGCUGGACGCGGUGCUGGAGCGAAUUGCUGCGCGCCAUGGGGUCUCGGUGGCGCUGGUCUGUCUGCGGUGGUGUGUGGAGCUGGGGCUCGUGGUGGUGACGACCUCGAGGCGGGUCGAGAGGAUGCGCGAGUAUUUUGGGGUGUUUGACUUCAGGCUGGACGAGGACGAGGUGCGGCAGAUCUCGGAGGCGGGGCGGGCCAGUUUGCCUGGGGGGAAGGAGUUGGUUCCUCGGCAGGUGGCUUAUCAGCGGGCCUUGGACGCGCAGGCUCAGGCUGAGGCUGAGGCUGAAGCUGAGGAUAGAAAGGCGAAGGGGAUAUACGAGUAAGGGGAAGGAUGGAUAUGAAGGGCCUGGGGCGAAGACAGAAACCAGCGCUCCGUCUCCAUCUUCUCUUUUCACCACCUUGUUGUAGAAAGAGACGAUACUCAAAGUCGAACACUCGCCUUCAUUAUCCUCGCACUUGCGUUAGACUUAUCAAGAGAAGUAGAAGAAACAGUACAUGUUUGUAGGUUAAGUAAUGAGAUCAAGGAGGUAACCUUUUAGCAAAGUCCUGCAGCAUUGCUAUUUCGUUCAAGC